GGUAAUCUUCUAUGUUACUUUACUGUUCUAUGUUUCUGUUUCUUUAGCCUAAUGGAGGUUGGAUGUUAUAGACAGAAAUGUUCCAGAUGACAUGGACUGAGAACAAUCAAUCUGCUGCCUCCUUAAGGGAUGGACGUGGAAUUUAAUUUUAGGUCAAAGCGAGGCCCAUUGAACAAAAGGAUAUGAUAAAUCUUAGUUUACAUGUGUGAUUGAUGGAUGCAGACCAUGUCUCUAGGAGGCCAGAAUAUAAAGGAGUCAUAUCAGGCCACUGCUCGGUAAAGGAUAGGGAAAAGGUUUUGUCAAAGUUUUACGUGGCAUAGGUGUUAAUUGUUGAUUGUGUUGGAGGGUGGUUGACGGAGGGAGCAGUUCUGUGUUUGGAAUUUUGGGAAGAGUUAAAGGUGGAGUAGCUAUUUGAGGGAGGAAGGGAGUAAUAUUUAUUGAUUAAAGUUGGGAUGCAUGACAGGAAGAGUGAGUGACAGGCAGAGACAGACUGAAAGAAAGGAAAAGACACAUCUUUGAUAUGUGUGAAUCUGGGGUCUUACUCAAAAGGCAAAUCUCCUCAAUGUUUCUUUUUAUAGUUUAAUGAACAAUAGGCACAGUCAGUUGUGAGCACUAAGGCUGAUGGUAAUCCCUGUGACCCUGCAGGCUCUGUGCCUCUGAGGUUGGAGGCCAGCAAGGCUAACUGUGAGGUGUUGUGAUUGGCUGUUCGACUAUGUUCUGGGCCAGCUGUUUGUUUUAAGAGCUCUGCAUUGUGCUGAACCAGGCAAGUUCUUUCUGCUGAUGGAUCUCUCCGCUGACCUGUUCCAUUGUUGGGCAAGGCCCUUCUAUUGGCUGACCAUGGACUCCGUCAACGACAGUCAAGCUGUGACGUCUAGGAAGGUGCACAAAAGCUGGGCAAUGUGUGGGCAGUGAGAGGACAGCACGAGGACCUUGGCUCUCUGACUGCUGGAUCCAGCAGACCUGGCUGACCACUCGAUGUAGGUGAUGGGACUGAAACCCUCCUAACAGCUGAUGCAAGUUGCUGUGAAUGGGCGUGUGGGCUCAGAGAGAAAGGAGUCCCUCAUAGGUCACUCCAAGGAAGUGAUUUUACCCCUCCCCACUGAAUGCCCCCAUUCAUUUUCUCAAAGAACUGCUUCGUAUAGAAUGGAAAGUAAUGCAGAACUAUCAGACAUUGCUCAGAUGCUGUGGGACAACGAUGUGAACAGACUUCAACCAGGGGUUGAUUACAAAAUUUCCCUUCAGGAGCAAACAGGACAAAGUUACACAGAUGUGAACAGCAAAAAAGCAUUUCCAUUAUUCCUUUUCGUGAAUGAGGAUGCUUUUAAGAAGAAAACAUUUUCAGCUUUCAUCUCCCUACUGGAUAAUUACGAGGCCGACACAGGCCAGCCUGAGAUAAUUACCGCAGAAGAGGAGAGUGAAAUCCACAGCUUUUUGGAUGCUCUAAUGGAGACCACAGUGCUACAGAUUGCUCACAAUUAUUUACUCAAGAAAGGGAGGGCGAAAGUCAACAAAGAAGAAUUCAAAUUGCAAUUAUAUGACAUGUGGUUCCGGCUAUAUUCCCGUGAAGGAUCCAACCAGCCCAACUCAUCUGGCUUUGAGCACGUGUUUGUGGGUGAAACCCGUGGUGGACGGAUGGUCAUUGGAUUCCACAACUGGAUACAGUUCUACCUCCAGGAGAAACUUGGCCAUGUGGACUACAAAGGAUACACUAUGCCAGACAACCAGGUCAAGCCGGAUGAGAAUAAACAGCUGAUCACACUGCAGUUCAGAUGGAAGAAGAAGGUGAAACUGCAGGGCAGCUGCUUCCUGGGGGUGAGCCCCGAGUUUGAAUUCGCCCUGUAUACCAUCAUCUUCCUCAUUUCGCCAGAUCGCCAGCUCAAGCUCAGGUUCAGUCAGUACGAGGUUAUUAUUGUGUGUCACAGCAACAAGCACAAGAACAUUGAGACCACCUACCCUGUCCUGCUACGGUAUCUAACCGUCAACUGAGUCAGGUUCAGGCACUUGCUCAGUCAGUGUGGUAGAGGCUAUCGCAGAGACUGUGAUGAUCGAUGGGUAUUUUCAAGGCAUGAGAGCAGAAGUGUGAGUGGUUUAUGCGUCUCCUUAGAUCUCCAGCAUUCAGUAAGACCCUCAGAAUUUUGCAUAACAGCAGAAUUGAGUGUUAUGGGGAAAAGUCUGGAAGGUGGAGCUGAGUCGAUGGCCAGAUCAGCCAUGGUGGGCAGACUUGACAGGGUAGAUGACUACUCCUGCUCUUACUUCUUAUGUUCUUAUCAUAGUUGAUCUGGUACUUGACCCACUUUCAUAUUAGAUCCUUUUAUUUUCUAAGGACUUGAUCAUCCAAAAAAAAAACUAGACAUGCAGUAAAUACUCAAUAACUGAGCAUCCACAGCCCUUUGUGAUGGAGCUUUCAAAUAACCCUCUGUACUGAAAUGUCUUUGUACCUUAGGUCAACAUUUCAUCCCAAGGCUAUGGUUCCUGGCUCUUGACUUCAUCUGAGGAAACAACCUCUUGGAUAAAUCUUGUAUCUCCCACUGAGAUUAUGUCUCAUUCUGUGAAGGUCAGUCUUAGCCAGCCUUUGU